AUGAAUGCCAAGCGAACUUGUCAAACUUGUGCGGUUAUAUUUUGUUUGUUUUGCCGGGUUUUCCUGAAAAAUUACUUGAUUUCCCGUGAAAACCCGGUCUUGCGGAUGAACAGGGACACAAUGGAGAGUUCAGAACAAAACCAAGCUCAGAUGAUUAUCGUCAUUCAUCCGGGGUCACUCAACUUGCGGAUGGGCAGAGCGUCGGAUCUAAAUCCCCACCGGACUCUUCAUGCUGUGGCGAGGAAGAGGAAGUCAGGAGGAACGAGUCAUCAUGAUCCUAUCCUCCCGAAGACCGUGCCAAAGACCAAGGAACUACUCCAGGAGCUAGAAGAUUGUCGACUCGCCGUGUCCCACACACUUCAAUCUUGUCUCCAGUCCGACGGCAGAAGGAGAUAUGCAACACCACCGCAACAAAUUUCCGCCUUCAAUCGACGCUCUGCGCCGGAGAGUCUGUCGGAAACGCCGCCAUCCUGGCAUGAGCCUCUCUGGGACACCAUAUUCGGCGACAAUGUGCUCAAUCUCGAUCCCAGUGGUAACUUCAACCUGCACUUCCCCAUGAAACGCGGCGAGUUGAACGUCCACAGUGGUCUCGGUGGCUCUCUGUCUUCCGUCAUGACUGAUCUCCAGGCCAUCUGGGAGCACGUACUCUCCGCCACCAUGGAGAUCAAGCUGGCCGACUUGUCGGCCUACAGAGCUGUCCUAGUCAUCCCGGACAUCUACAACAGAGCCUACUUGCGCGAGCUCGUGACUCUACUGCUCUGUCGAAUGGGCUUCGGAAGCUGCUUCCUCGUCCAGGAUCACGUGGCGGCCACUUUUGGGGCCGGCUUGGGAUAUGCGUGCGUCGUGGACGUUGGUGACCAGAAGACUUCGGUGUCCUGCGUCGAGGACGCAAUAUCUCAUCCCAAUACGCGUGUUCGUCUGGAAUAUGGAGGCGGAGACGUGACUCAGACAUUCUUCUGGCUGCUGCAGAAGUGCGCCUUUCCCUACAAGACCUGCAAGGACACUCUGCCCCAGGAUGCUGUACUGCUGAAGAGACUGAAGGAAGAAUUUUGUCACGUGAACCUGGACAUUUGCGGUUCGGAGGAGAAGCACUUUGACGUGAUUCAGCCUGGGAAGCACGCAGGACAGAGAUUUACACUUCAGGUGGGCGAUGAGGCGAUUGUGGCGCCGCUGAGUCUCUUCCACACUGAACUCCUGAAUCUCACGGGACCCACGAAGUUGGCCAGAACGCAAAUUCCCUGGACUAAGCAGUCUGAUCCGGAAGAUUGCUUCGAUGCUGAGUACUUGAAGGAAACGAGCCGACGCGGAGCCAAAGAGCAGCUCGAGCAAUCCGCCCCGGAAUUCCUGCACACUGAGAAUCCUGAUGAGGAGAUCGUGGUGGACGAGGAGAAGGACAACAGCAAGCAGGUGGAGAGGGAAUUUGUGGUGCCAGGAGGUCAAAUCAUUGGGUUGGAUCAGGCUGUGCUGCAGAGCAUCGAGAGGUGUCCCAAUGAGGAGCUCAAGAGGAAGAUGUACGGCUGCAUUCUCGUCGUGGGCGGCGGUAUGAAAUUCCAAGGAAUCGGCAAGUGGCUCCAGAAUCGCGUGGCUCUCCAAAUUCCCUACCUCUAUCGCUCUGAGCAACUGGACAUCGUCACCAGCCCGAAGGACAUGGACCCCGCCAUGACUGCGUGGAAGGGAGCGUCCGUCCUAUCGUGCCUCGAGAGCGCCUCUGAGCUGUGGAUCACUGCCCAGGAGUGGCGCAAGCACGGGCUGAGAAUCCUGCGCGAGAAAGCGCCCUUUGUGUGGUGAAAAUGAUGUGUCUUUUUGGAAGAGCAUAUAAACCUAUCGAAAAGUCA